UCUCACGUGGUGCGGGGCAGGGACCCCGCGGCGCGUGACGUCACUUCCGUUUCUCGCCUGCUGCUGCCGAGGAGCGGGACAAUGCCUAAGUCAAAGGAACUUGUCUCUUCAAGCUCAUCUGCCAGUGAUUCAGAUAGUGAAGUUGACAAAAAGGCAAAGCGGAAAAAGCAAGUGGCGCCAGAAAAACCUGUAAAGAAACAAAAGACUGGCGAAAGUUCAAAAGGUGCAGCUUCUUCUAAGCAAAGCAGUAACAGAGACGAGAAUAUGUUUCAGAUUGGCAAAAUGAGGUACGUCAGUGUUCGUGACUUUAAAGGGAAAGUCUUAAUUGAUAUUAGAGAAUAUUGGAUGGAUCAAGAAGGUGAAAUGAAGCCUGGCAGAAAAGGUAUUUCUUUAAAUCCAGAACAGUGGAACCAGCUGAAGGAACAGAUUUCUGAUAUUGAUGAUGCAGUAAGAAAACUGUAAAGACAGAGCCAUACAGAAACUUUUAUCAUUUUAGUUGUUUUAAGCAGUCUUUUUACAUUGGCUUUUGUUUUCUAAAAUAUUGUUUUCCAAGCUAUUGUAUAUUUGGAUUGCAAAACAAUUUGUAAGAUGAAUACUUUUUUUAUGUGCAUUAAAAGUGUAUUCUGAGUGAGGCUAUUUGUGUAUACUUUACUAAAAGGAAAUGUGUUGCUUUCACCUCAUGGUAAUAAACAAAUCAAAUAAUAUGUAAAGCUUACUUGUUUAUGGCCUUUUGAUUGAAGGUGUUUGCUGAUAAGGCCACCUAAUAGCUUUAGUCUUUGUUUUAGUUUCAGUUUAGCUAACAGUUUGUAUGAAAUUACUUUCUGGAGUUUCUUAAAAUGUCUCCAUUUAAUUUUUUUGUUUUAUUUCAUACAAGAGGGUAUUGUCCUCACAAAGACUUGAUACAAACAGCAAAUACCUGGUAAAACACUUUUUUGUAGAUAAUUUUAAAUGCUGUAUUUGCUAAUGUACCCUAUUUAUUUAGAUGUAAAGAAUCCUGAGUGUAUAGACUUUUUUGCAUUAUUUGCAUGAAGUGUUCUGCUAAACAAUAACACUUGAACACAAGUCACAUGCUUUUUCUUCCCAUUUUUCCAUAGCUUGCUUGACUUAGAAAAUACAACUAGCCUUUUUUUCCUUGGUCCCUAGAUUUUAGAAUACGAUGCAUUAACUUUUACGGUAAUAGAAACAUACCUCAGAGUAAGGCAGUAUUUUAAAGCUCCAGAUGUGUUGAUUAGUUUGGUAUGCUUUUCAAGCUUUGUUAUUAAAUUAAUUCUUGAACACCAACUGACUAGUUAUUCUAUAGGAAAGAGCAGUUAGCCUGUCUUUGUAGGGCUUUUGUUUGUUUGAGAGCAUUGCAUAAUCAGCAAUGCUCAAAUUAUCCUGUAACACAGGUUAAAUUGUUACAAGUAAAAUAUUACUUCAGCCAUGAAUGUGUGGUUGUCAGGUUUUUACCCUGCCCACACUGCCUGCCCAGAUGAUUUAGCUUGGCCUGCUUUAUAUGGCUUCCAUGUGCACAGCUGUUUUAUCUUUUGUACAGAAGAUAACUUGGCACUUGCAGUGCAGCGCUGGUGCAUAGUGGGUCAUGACUCGAGAGAACUUCGCUUGUCAGCCAUCGUGCUCUUCUGGUAAGAGAAGCUUCCCUCCAGUGGGAGCUGUUGUUAGACUAGAUGCUGCCCCAGUUGAAGGGCUUCUUGGUAGGAGUCACAAAAAAUGGAGUAAAGAAGGGAGAAUAUGAUGUUUGUGUAGAACAUGGAGAGAUAAGGGGCACACCAGUACUGGAGUUAACAGUGAAAGAUCAUAACUACAGUGAAAAAAUGUACAUUUGCGGACUUGGAGAAGAGUCGUUUGCAGACUUGAAAUCAAUUGAUUAGGUGAACAAGGUGAAAACAGCUUCAUGAAAAUUGACAUUUCAAGACAGUACAGAGUGCACAACUUAAUGAGUUUGGCUGUAAUUUUCUCAUUUGAUGUUAAGUGAUGUGUUUCUAAAAUUUUGUAUAGAUAAACAGCAUUUACUGUUUGUUUAAUUUUGGAAUAUCUCAAUAUAAUUGAUUAUAUUGCAGACAAGCAUAGAAGUGCCAUGCACAGACUGUUCCCAUGCUGCGGAGUUUGUAGUUCAGUAUAAACAGGUAUUGAAGGGUGAGGAAAGGUGACAUCAUCAAGUUCGGUAUUUAUUAUUUAAUUUGAAUAUGUCACAUGCCUCCACCUGCUUUUUAACUUGCCUAUUGUUGACAUAUUACAAAUAAAGCUACAAUCUUUGCAGAUGUAUUUUUGGGAACAUUCUUUUUUGAGUGAUUCUUUCAGGCAUGUAGGGAUAUUUGGACCAAAUAGAAUGAAUGUGAAAUAUCUGCUAAAAUGUCACAGGUGAGUGAAUGAAAUAAAUUGUUUCAGAUCACUGUGGACAGAUCCUAAGUGUUUUUUAUUUGUGGUAUGUACACAUGAUUUUUUUUUUCUUGAAAUCUGGAAUUUUGCAACCAGAUUUCACCCAUUUAACCUCAAAAAGUCUCAUGUGACUACUUUGCAGUGCAUGGUUAUCAUAUUAGAGGAAAUGUCGUCCUCACUUAGAUUACUGUGGUAGUAGGUUGUUGGAUGGCACUUAUGUACCAGCGUAUGACAUAAUUGUGUUCAGGAAGGUGGAAAGUAAAACUAAUCCAGCUGGAGUUUAGUGAAAAAUUUUCAUAUAGUGAUUAGUACUUUUGUGGAAACUGAUGCUGAGUUGUUCAAAGAAAUUGGUAUUUGUUAACCAAGAGCUAUUAUUUCCUCUUAUAGAUAACCACCUUUCUGAAUUUGUGGUGAUCAUUACUGGAUCUGUUUAUCCCAUUUUACUUGAUAAAACUUGGGGCAGUCUGGUUUUGCUUAGCUUAUGUGUUUAAAAAUAGUUUUCCAUCUGCCAGUUAUAUUUUUGCCUGUAAUAAUGAUAAAAUAUAUUUUACCUGAGGCAAUUUUAACAGCCACAUGAAUGUCCUACAAAAAAGGUAGCUAAAUAAACCAGUCAAUUUAAUAAAUGAGCUUAAAAUGGGAUAUGUUGAAUUGCACCUCAGAUGACUGAUGUGCUUGUUACUUGGUAAAAAAAUUGACACGUUCAGUGUAAUUUUGAAAUAAAUAUUUGUUAGUGAUUUGUCAUGUAAUUGUCUAUGGCUGUAGUCUUUCUAAUUUGAGAAGAAUAUUCAGAUUUUUUUUUAAUAAAGAUUAUUUUGUUGCGAACAAAAUGGUAGUCAGAAGUACAUGUUGAAGUGUCAAUGGAAGAAAACUGCAUGUAUGAAAAGACUAAUAUGAGGUACAAACAUGUCUCCCUUUCCCACUGAAGAGGCAAGAGAAAGAUACCUUUGAUUCCUGAUGAAUAUGCAGGGAAUAUUAGCAAUAUGUUUUAUAAAUAAAAUCAACUGUGGAGCUCAGGAGGAAAAAAACACAUCACAGUUAGAGCUACCAAAGUACCGUGUGUGUGAUAAACUGUUAUGUACAAUGUUGCUGUUACAUAGAGAUGUUCAUAUUAAAAUAAAACAAAUGCAGUACUAAGUUUGAUAUUUCUGUUAAAGGAAAUGCCCCAGUUGCAUACUUAGCAGAUCUGUUAGCAGAAAAAUUGAUUAUUGUAAUUCCAGUAACUGAGAAUGUCCUAAUGUUAACGACGUGGAAUGAUCUGUGUAUUUGGUUUGGUGGUAUCUACUGCAGAGGGGCCACUGGAAGUAUGAGCUCUCCACUGUAAUUACUGUAAUUGUAAAAUAAAAAAACAGUUAAAUGGUAUAUGUGUAAUAACAAUUUGAACACUUGGAAAUAAAUGAAGACUUUGGUUGA